AUGACGUAUUUUUGCCAGCGCUAUUGGGACUCUUUAUUGAGCCUUUACCUAAUUAAUUGCGAAUUUAUCUUCGCAAUCUUGGACUCGGCAGUAAGACGACUACCCACUCAUAAAUCAGCUUUGCUGGUGGUUGCCUCGGAUGUGAGUUUGAACAAGGACAAGAUCGUGUGGUGCGUCCAGUUUGACCAAGAAGUGAAGAAAGUCAGCCGGUCAGGUAAAAUCCAUCGUCAUUGGGUGUUGUCGCUGUGGAUUAUGCUGGCUGCACUUAAUUAG